CUGGGGUGGGUACCUGUUUGACACGUGACUGCUUUUGCUCUUGUCUUCCGAGUUCUGUAUUGGUUCUUUGUCUGGCCAAAGACCGUCUUUUAGCUUGUCCUUGACCAAAUCUGUCACGCCCUGCUAUAGAACCAGCGUUAAAGCGCAAUCGGGAGCUGCUGGUGCAGGUGCCGCUGGUUCCUUUUUGCCAUGCCUGCAGGAGCCUCUUGGCCGCGCUACUUGAAAAUGCUCAGUGCAAGUAUGUUGGCCAUGUUUGCUGGUGCAGAAGUUGUCCAUCGUUAUUACAGGCCCGAUCUUACGAUACCUGAAGUUCCUCCCAAGCCUGGAGAACUCAGAACAGAACUGUUGGGCCUCAAAAAAAGAAACCAGGAAGUUCAGGCUUCACAACAGUGAUAAUACACAGAAUGUGAUUGCAUUUGUCCAUGAACUGGUCUAAUAUUUAUAACUGAACCUGUACCAUUUGACAAGCUUCUGGCAACAUGGGAUAUACAAGUUCAGCUAGCUUUUGUCUGUUUUCUGAAAACAUGAACUGUUGUUACUUUUAGUCCCUGUUCUUCAUUGCCCCCUCCCAUGCAAUACAAAGGCAACCCAUUACAGUGUUGCAAGAAACCUGCACUUGGCUGAAUUGUCUCUUCUCUUAAAGAUACAGGCGGGCCCCGCUUAUACGGCAGGUUCCGUUCCGGACUGCUGCUGUAAAGCGGAAAUCGCCGUAAAGUGGGAACCCAUUGAGCAUAAUGGGGUGUAUUGUGCAAAAAUGCCACAAAAGCACAAAACUGGCUUUAAAAUGGGGAAUUCCUGUUGCUGCAUUAGCAGAAUGCUGGAAAGUGAAGCGCCGGUAAGCGGGGCCCUACUGUACAGAAUCAUUCUCAGGCCUUGAGCCUGGCAACCCUACUGCAGUGUUGUCUAUUGACCUUACAGCCUGGCCUUUUUGGGCCUAGGGAAAAGUCUGCCAGCAUCUCAGCAGCCCCUCCAUAGAAAAUAAAGGAGGGCUCAUCCAGAUGACCCUGUCAGCAGACCAGAUGGAUCAAUUGCUGUAUCCAGCUCACUGUUCAGUAGUGGGCCUCCAUUAAGCUUGUGUCAGCCUUCCUGGAAGUGGCUGUAAUGUAGCUCACCUUACUGUGUGGGGCCUUCUAGUACAUCACUGGCCUCAAGCAGGAAAGGCUCUGGGAGGGAAAUGACCCACCACCACCAAGAGAAGGCCCUGCUGUUCUUCCUGAAAGGAUAGAUGGUUCCAGUGGUGGGGAGGACAACCCAGCUAAUGAAAGCAGCUUUGGAGCCUGCUUAAGUUUUAAAUGUCUAGUUGUAAUGGGGCAGAUACCUCCUCAGACAGCUAGUGCACUGAACUUCCCACACUUGAAGAAGCUAUGUGAAAUUGUUUUCUGUACUCUGACUUUGGCUACAAUGCUAAUGCUGCUUACCCAGAAGUAAACCCAACCAAAUUCAAUAGGACUUACUUCUGAGUAGACACAGCUAGGUUUGCACUCUAGGUAAGAGCAGCCAGUUCAUCAUACUUCUGAAUACCCAGGAGUUAUAUUUGCUGUACCAAUAUGACUUUUCUGUAGAGCAGGAUCUCACUGCCGUCAUUCAUGCUUAGCAACCCUAGAUUGACAAAUACAUUUUUUGUACAAAGGACUUAAAGGAUAAGUUCAGAAUCAACAAAUGAUAUGAAGCUCAGUGUGUCAUGUGACCACAUACACCUCUGCUUUAGUUUGUGUUGUUGCUGGUAGAUGCACUUCCACAGCCAGAAAACCUGUUUUCAUCUUUGCACAAGAACACCUGUCUUAAAUAGAACAGCUGCUUAAAAGUGCAUUGUAAGCACCUGCAGACUUGUCAACUACAGUUAAAACUGUGGAAGAACAAAACGUUUUCUCAAUUAAGCACUGCAAGUUUCUGGAGAAAGAUAUGCUUGAAACUUGAGCUGUAGUAAGACUUCGGUCCCCAACUAGUGCUUGGAAUGCCAUUGUUUCCUGUUUGUAUCUUAAAGAUGGAAGACAUGAACAUUCAGAUAUUUUUUAUGUUGUCCCAAUACAGGAGCUACUUAGGUUUUAAGUGAAGUCUACAAGUUGUCCUACUUAGACUGCAGGGUACCAUCUUGUCCCCCAUGCUGUUUAACGUCUAUAUGAAGCCCUUGGCAGUGAUCAUCAGGAGAUUUGGGGUGAGGUGUCAGCAGUAUGCUGACGAUACCCAGCUCUAUUUCUCUGUAACAUCUGAAUCAGGAGAGGCCAUGCAAGCCCUGGACCGCUGCCUGGACUCAGUGGUGGGCUGGAUGAGGGCCAAUAAACCAAGUCUGAAUCCUAGCAAGAUGGAGGCACUGUGAGUUGGUGGUUCCCAAGUUCAGAUAAUUGGUCAGUUGCCUGCCUUGGAUGGGGUCAUACUCCCUCUGAAAGAGCAGGUUUGUAGUCUGGGGGUGCUCCUGGAUCCAUCUUUGUCACUAGAGGCCCAGGUGACCUCAGUGGCUAGGAGUGCCUUUUACCAGCUUUGGCUGGUAGGACAGCUGCAGCCAUUUCUGGACCUGGAUAGCCUGGCCACUGUUGUCCAUGCACAGGUAACCUCCAGGCUGGAUUGCCGUAAUGCAUCCUGUGUGGGGCUGCCCUUGAGGUUGGUCCAGAAGUUGCAGCUGGUGUAAAAUGUGGCAGUGAGACUGCUCACUGGGACAGGGUAUUGCCAAUGUGUCACCCCGCUGCUGAAAGAAUUGCACUGGCUGCCCAUUUGCUACCGGGCUAAGUUCAAGGUUCUAGUCUUGGUGUACAAAGCCCUAUACAGGUUGAGACCAAGAUACCUGAAAGACCAUCUUAUUGUUGGGCUGUUGACCCAUAGGCAUUACUGUCUCUAGUUGUUUUCCAUAAAGCCUGCAAGUUUGGAGAAGUAACUGUUAUCUCCUGGCCUGAGAGAGAGCAGACAUCCAAGGCCAGCGGUUGUCAUGGUAAUGUGAGAUAGCAACUGGGAAAGUUCUAACAGAGUCUGUAAGUUGUGUCUUCUGUAUAUUGCCUCUGAACUGAGAGGUUGUCUUCUGCGUUUACCUUCGGAGAGAUAUGUACCAGAAGGGGGGGUGACUGAAGAAACUCUACAUGUAUUUACUCUUAAGCCUGUUGGCCCUAAUGUCUUAAUAAAGACUCUUAACCUGAUCUAAUGCAUCUGAGAAGUUUCUUGCUCAACUUAACUCCAACGUAACGUAUGCUGUGUCAUGCAAGAACCGCCACCAUCAACAGGGUUAUGGGCCCAGAUCCACAGCGCGUUACACAACAGUAAGUGGCUGGUCUGAACGGCAGACGGAGUUCCAGAGAGGGCAGCGUGAUUGAUUGUGCCAGACAGAGGUGAGCAGGAUGGCUGUAAACAUGUCUGGAGGCUUGCCGAUGGAACGACUUAAUGAAAAGAAUUAUGGCAGUUGGAGGCCAAGGAUGCGUGCUUUCCUAGUAAAGGAAGAUUUAUGGGAAGUUAUAGAAGGAAACCCCCCGGCAGUACCGACCGAGGCCUGGAAGCGCCGAGACCAGAGGGCGCAGGCAUUUAUAAUCUUGGCUCUAUCGGAUUCUCAACUGAUGAGUGUGAGAGAUGAGCCGUCGGCUAAACAGAUGUGGGACGCGUUGCAGGAUUUGUCCCAGGAAUGGCAGCGGAGGCAGAAGGCGCAGAGAGCCGAGCUGAUGGAAGCUGUCAGAAGCAAAGAGGCGAAAAGUGCCGUGCCGAAGGAGGCAGCCGGAAGCAAGCAAGAGCAGCAGCGGCUAAAGGCUUGUUAUGUUUGCGGAGAUCGUGGGCAUCUCCAGAGAGACUGUGCAGUCAAGCGAAACUCCAGGGACGGAGGCUGGAAACAGGGAAGUGUGAACUUUGUAAACAGAAGUCUCAAGAUUUAGGACCUGUUAACUGGAUUCUUGACAGCGGUGCGAGCCAUAUAUUAAUCACAGACAGGAGUUUGUUUUACACUUCAGAAGAUGUGCAGGACUUUGUUUUACUUGUGGAUGGAUCGCAGAAGAACGUGGAGGCUCGAGGACUGGUGAGAUUUGAUAAACUUGGAAUACUGUCAGAUUGUUUGUUUGUACCAGAAUUGGCUCAUAACGUAUUGUCAGUCAGAAAACUGGUGAGUUGUGAUUUUUCAGUAUUGUUUCACAAAGACAAAUGUUUUGUAAUGAGAGGAGAUCAAGUGUGCUUGCAGGGAAGCCUUAAUGAUUCACAGUUUAAAAUGACCAUGGGUGUAAGGUGUGCUGAUGCCUUGAGUUUAAUGGGGCGGAAAGGGAAUGAUGGUCAGGGCUGUAAACAGACAGCUGUAAAAGGCACACCGUCGGUAUUCACUGCCCAGAUGGAGGAGGUUCAAAGAGAACUUGAAGAGCCAUCAUCAUUUCAAGCAAUCAGGUUGAUGCCUGAGGCAGAGCAGCAAAAGUGGCAGCAGCCAUGCAGGAAGAAUUAAAGGCCAUGCAAAAGAAUGGCACGUGGACAGUAGUAAAGUUACCCAUGGGUAAAAAGGCCAUAGGUUGCAGAUGGGUGUUUAAGAAAAAGAAAGCAAGUUCCGGGGAAGUACAGCGGUACAGGGCACGUUUGGUAGCCAAGGGAUUCACCCAGCAACAUGGAACAGAUUUCGAUGCUGUUUUCGCCCCGGUUGUGAAACAUGAGUCUAUUCGUGUUCUGCUGAAACUAGCAGCGAUGCAGAAAAUGCACAUUAAUCACUAUGAUAUAGGGACUGCAUUCCUCCAUGGUGAUUUAGAGGAGGAGAUAUACAUGGAGCUGCCUCCGGGGUCUGUGUCACAGGAAGGGUUUGUGUGUAAGUUACAUAAGUCUAUCUAUGGAUUGCGGCAGAGUGCACGCUGCUGGAAUGAGAAAUUGGACAGUGUGUUACAAGGGAUGGGAUUUCAAAGAUGCAAGGCAGAUCCCUGUGUAUAUGUCCAGAGAAAUGGAACACAAACCAAUAUCUCUGCUGUUUAUGUGGAUGACAUCAUGUACAUGUAUCAUGAUCAGCAAGAGGAAAGGGAAUUCAGGGAGCAACUGGGCAGGCAGGUGGACACAAAGAAUUUGGGGCCUGUCACCCACUAUUUAGGCACGGAUAUUGUGCGUGCAGAAGACGGAAGCAAAACAUUGAGUCAGGAAAGUAAAUCAGAUCAUAGAAGAACGCAACAUGACAGAAUGCAAUGUUGUGAAGACUCCAAUGGUUGUGGCUUUCCAACAGAAUGUGCAGGAGACGCCCUGUACAGAACCUGAGAAGUACAGGCGCAUAAUAGGGAAAUUGCAAUAUUUGGUGAAGGUGUCUCGCCCAGACAUCUGUAAUGCAGUCAGCAUUUUAAGUAGGAAGGUAGAGCAUUGUUCAGAGGCUGACUGGCAGGGAAUUAAAAGGGUAGUGCGUUAUCUGAAAGGCACGAAGACAAAGAGUCUGGUUUUGACAGGAGCAAAGACAGGAGAUCUUGAAUGUUUUGUGGAUGCAGAUCAUGCAGGGGAGCUGAGCAGUCGUAAGUCAACCUCUGGCAUAGUUAUGAUGUGGCACGGAUCUUGCAUUGAUUGGAUUAGCAAGAAACAAACUGUGGUUGCAACAUCAAGUGCAGAAGCAGAGUAUGUGGCCUUAUCCCAGGCCUGUAACGAGUUGCAAUGGUUCACAAUGCUCAUGCAGGAUUUAGGCAUGGAGAUACAACUACCAAUCACUGUACAUGAAGACAAUCAGACCUGCAUCAAGAUAGCCACAUCAGAAGCUCAUACCAAAAGAACAAAACAUAUUAGUGUCAGAUACUUUCACGUGAGGGAUUGUGUGCAGCAGGGGUUUGUUACCCUGACAUUCUGUGAUACUAACAUAGUGGCUGACAUCAUGACCAAGCCGUUGUGUGAGGAGAAAUUUGGCAAACUGGUGACAAGGCUUGGAAUGAGUUGAAAUUUGAUUGAAUAAAGUUCUAGGUAAGUGUACAGAGAUGUUCUGAAAUGAACUGCAAUGUACUGAGAUGUAAUUUGGAUCUGUAUGAUGCAAUGUAUUGAAAUGUAUUACCUUUGUAUUGUAGAAAUGUAUUGCUGAAAUGGAAAAGUUAUAGAUGCAAUGGAAAGUUUUGCAGUCUUGAUGGAAAAAUGGGAAUAUGUUGGGCUGUUGACCCAUAGGCAUUACUGUCUCUAGUUGUUUUUCAUAAAGCCUGCAAGUUUUGAGAAGUAACUGUUAUCUCCUGGCCUGAGAGAGAGCAGACAUCCAAGGCCAGCGGUUGUCAUGGUAACGUGAGAUAGCAACUGGGAAAGUUCUAACAGAGUCUGUAAGUUGUGUCUUCUGUAUAUUGCCUCUGAACUGAGAGGUUGUCUUCUGCGUUUACCUUUGGAGAGAGAUGUACCAGAAGGGGGGGUGACUGAAGAAACUCUACAUGUAUUUACUCUUAAGCCUGUUGGCCCUAAUGUCUUAAUAAAGACUCUUAACCUGA